UCUGUCCUUCACGUCGUGUAUUGGGUGCCGUGUCCCACCAUGCAACGUUCGCUGGCUGUGGUUAUUACCUGGAACAGAGCGCUGCGAAACAGACAAGUUUUAUUCAACACGUACCAGAGAACCGCCGCCAUGUCCACACUCCUGAUCAACCAGCCCAAGUACGCCUGGCUCAAAGACCUGGGUCUGGCCGAGGAGAACGACGGCGUCUAUAACGGGGCAUGGGGAGGCAAAGGGGAGGUCGUCACAUCAUUCUGCCCCGCCAACAAUGAGCCCAUAGCCAGAGUACGGCAGGCAACCAUGGCGGAAUAUGAAGAAACUGUCCAGAAAUCAAGAGAAGCUUGGAAAGUGUGGGCAGAUAUUCCAGCUCCCAAAAGAGGCGAGAUUGUGAGGCAGAUUGGUGAUGCAUUGAGGAAGAAGAUUAAAGUUCUUGGAAGCUUGGUGUCCUUGGAGAUGGGAAAGAUCUAUCUGGAGGGAGUCGGAGAGGUGCAGGAAUACGUUGAUAUCUGUGAAUAUGCUGUCGGCCUGUCUAGAAUGAUCGGUGGUCCCAUCCUUCCUUCAGAAAGACCAGGCCAUGUCUUGAUUGAACAGUGGAACCCUGUGGGUCUAGUUGGCAUAAUCACCGCCUUCAACUUCCCUGUGGCGGUCUUUGGCUGGAACAAUGCUGUUGCUCUCAUCUGUGGUAACGUCUGCCUCUGGAAAGGAGCCCCCACCACCCCUCUCACAAGUGUAGCUGUAACAAAAAUUGUAGCCAAGGUACUGGAACAAAAUAACCUGCCUGGUGCUAUCUGCUCUAUGACCUGUGGAGGCGCUGAUAUUGGAACUGCAAUGGCGAAGGAUGAGCGUGUAGAUCUGUUGUCAUUUACUGGCAGCACCCAUGUGGGUAAGAUGGUGGCGAUGAUGGUGCAAGAGCGAUUUGGUCGUCAGUUGCUGGAGCUUGGUGGGAACAAUGCUAUUAUCGUGUUUGAGGAUGCUGACCUGAACCUGGUGGUGCCGUCUGCUGUCUUUGCCUCUGUGGGAACAGCCGGUCAGCGCUGCACUACCACCAGAAGACUGAUGCUUCACGAGAGUGUCCAUGACACAGUAGUUGAGAGAAUUGCCAAGGCCUACAAACAAGUUCGCAUUGGAGAGCCCUGGGAUUCCAACACCCUGUAUGGCCCUCUCCAUACCAAAGAUGCCAUAAAGCAGUAUCUCGAAGCAAUUGAAAAGGCCAAGCAGCAAGGUGGCACAGUGGUGUAUGGGGGAAAGGUGAUGGAUCGACCUGGAAACUAUGUGGAGCCCACCAUCGUCACAGGACUGGCACACGAUGCUUCCAUUGUCCAAACUGAGACAUUUGUCCCCAUCCUCUAUGUUCUCAAAUUCAAGACAGAGGAGGAGGCCUUCGCCUGGAACAACGAGGUCAAGCAGGGCCUGUCCAGCAGCAUUUUCACCAAAGAUAUGGGACGAGUUUUUCGCUGGCUAGGACCCAAAGGAUCAGACUGCGGGAUUGUGAAUGUCAACAUUCCUACCAGUGGAGCUGAGAUUGGAGGAGCGUUUGGUGGGGAGAAACACACUGGAGGUGGAAGGGAAUCAGGUAGUGAUUCUUGGAAACAGUACAUGAGGCGUUCCACAUGUACAAUCAACUACAGCCCGGACCUUCCCCUGGCCCAAGGAAUCAAAUUUGAGUGAAGUCCAGAUUUUGGUGUUCAAGAUCCAAGAUCUUGAUCGGAAGUUUUGUGCGCUCACGAGGAAAGCGGAACACUAAUCAUCAUUACUUGUAUAAUCUUUGCUUCUGAAUAGAUUUGGUCACUGCAGAUUUACAGGGUAGAUUAUUUUGAAAAACAAACUUAAGACUUGUGCAUCUCGAGAUUACUUUCAGUCUUUAGCAAUAGAGCCUCUUUUUAAUGGCUUUAACAUUUUGCAUAUUUCUAAAUAAAAAAAGGUUUACGAUCAGUUUAAGCAUUUGUGUCAUACAGAACUAAUCUUCAUGCUAGUGUGCUGUCUUCUCGAAGCACUUAACAUGUCCUACUUUAACGAGGUCAGACACUUCUUGCUGGACAAAUAAGUCAUGCCUUUACCCGAGGGAUAGUGGUUGUAGAUCGGUGUAGUGUUCGGGGACUCGUCGUUCUCCAGUGACCCCUCUGGCCCACCCGGGCGCCUGCAGCCAAGCAACUGAAAGCAUUCUCCCUACGCCUCCUUCACGGCCUGAAGGUGAUGCAAUCCAUGCAAGGCUUCAGCGUGUAAAAUAGCGAGAGCAGCCGACACGAGUUUGAAAGAAGCUGGUGUUACGACUAUCUCCUUCCUGUGGAAACGUGAGCCAGGGGAGUUAUUCGACAAGAGUUCCAGCCAUAUGCCAUUGGGUUAAUCGGGUGGGAUAAGGGGAAAACUAGAACUAAAUUUAUAAAAAAAAGAAAAGAAAUAAGUCAUGCCUCCUUUGUGGAUGGACAGUGUUGGUGUGCAGGAAGUUUUAAUGUAUAUAUGUAGUCAUACCAAAAUAAUAACUUGUUAGUAUCGCUGAUGACACUGGGGUGUAUCUUUUUCUGUACAACCUUUUCCAACACACACAAGUUGAAUAAAAUGGCAAUGUUAUAUUAU